UAAACACACUUACACACACACACACAGUGUUACAUAUACCCCCCUCCCUGCCCCAACCUUAUAAGAUGGUCCUUUCUCCAACAAAUCAAGCUUUAUCUGUCUGUUUGUUUUUAUGUAGCUAUCCUCCAAUGCUUCUCCAUUAUAGCUACUGUUUCUUGGCCUUGUAGGUCUGGGCUGCUCUUUCUUUUUUUCUUUUUUUUUUUUUGGAUGGAUUUUGGGGGUGUUUUGGAUAGUGGAGUGGUGGUGGCCUGUUCAGACACUAAAACUGCAACUACUGCUACUAGUAAUGCCCUGUUUACUGCAGCUUCUGAGGCUGUUUCAGAUGCUGAGACCAAGCAAAAAUGGUAUGGAUCUGUUGGGUUUCUCAAGCAGGAGAGGACUUCUGGGGCUAAUCAUGCUGUUGAAGAUGACAUGAGAGGCUCCAAAAUGGCUAAAAUCACUGCUGCAACUCUGCCCAGAAGUCCUUUUGUGGGAUCUGAACCCCACCAAAUGCUCAGCUUCUCUUCUUCUUCUUCUUCUCCCUACUAUCCCCAUGCUUCUUUUGGGGGAAACCCAGGCUAUGGAAUUGAUGGAAACAUGCAUGGGGUGAUGAUGAGUGGAGUUAAAGGUCCUUUCACUCCAUCUCAAUGGAUGGAACUGGAACACCAGGCCUUGAUCUACAAGUACAUUACAGCUAAUGUCCCCAUCCCUCCUUAUCUUCUCAACCCCAUCAAGAAAGCCAUUGAAUCUGCUGCAUUAUCAACCUUUGGCCUCAGAGUCAAUUCUUUGGGGUGGGGUGGAGCGGGCGGUUUCCAUCUCGGGUUCUCCAGCAACACCGAUCCGGAGCCAGGCAGGUGUAGGAGAACGGAUGGGAAGAAAUGGCGGUGCUCGAGAGAUGCAGUUGCAGACCAGAAGUACUGCGAGCGCCAUAUGAACAGAGGCCGCCAUCGUUCAAGAAAGCCUGUGGAAAGUCCAUCUGGCCAUCCCGCCUCUGGAGCCACUACCACCACUGCAGCCAAGCUGAUGCCAGGCGCAUCUUCCACUUCAUCAUCAUCAUCAUCAGCAGCUGCAGCAGCAGUGUCGGGAGGCGGUGCAUCCAACAGCCUUGCCUUCUCGCAUCACAAUCAGCUCAGCAAUUUGCACCUCCCCGCUGCAACUAAUCAUCUUGACAGCAGGAGCUUUUUGGAUAAGGAAUAUGCGGGCGAGAGGUAUCAAGAUCCAACAGGUCUCUCCAUUACAUCUCCAAUCCUAAAAGACAGACAGUAUUCUAGUAUUCCCAAAGACCAGAACCCUUACGAGGAAUCUUCUACGUUGAAAUUUGGAUUAGUCUGCUCUGACUCACUGCUAAAUCCUCUGAGCAGAAACUAUGGUGCUUCUAAGGUCGUCAGUGACCGCGAAAACAAAUCUCAGCAUCCAAUUCGACAGUUCAUGGACAACUGGCCUAAAAACCCGUCUGAUCGAUCCAUGGUCUCGUGGCCAGAAAUUGAUAACACUCAGCUCUCCAUAUCUAUCCCCAUGGCAACCUCAGACUCACGGGAAAUUGAAGCAACCCAAAUGAGAUUAGGAGUUGGUGGUGUCAUUAACGAGCAAAACCAGAGGCAAGGAAACUGGAUACCUAUACCAUGGGAGUCCUCCAUGGGCGGCCCUCUCGGGGAGGUUUUGCACGGGACUAAUAGCAUGACAAGCGAGUGCAAGAAUCCUUCGGCUCUCAACCUUAUGACCGAGGGAUGGAAUGGCAGCCCCAAGCCCGCCUCAUCCCCAACCGGUGUCCUACAAAAGGCGGUUUUCUACUCUAUCUCCAACAGCAGUGCAGGGAGCAGUCCAAGAGGCAAGAGCAACAAGAACACCAACGGGGCCAGUCCUUGUAACGAGAUUCUUGGAGCAACUCUCAUGAACCCCUCCCUGCCCGCUCUGUAACCGCCCCACCUCAAUCCAAGAUACUAGUGCCUUUCCUUGUAAUUUUGGUCCAUCUAGCCUUCUCUGUGGUCCUAGACAUUGUACAAAGAAUUUUGGUAGGGUCCAAUGUGGAUCUUGCCUGACAGAUCUUAUGGUCAUGAGUUGGUAUCCAUUUUGAAUCUCUUCCCUUUUUGGAUGUAUUAUUUGCAUAAUUGCAUGCCACUGCCAUUUUGCUAAGCUUCAAAAGUCAAGAGAAAAGAAAUGAUUGCCCCCCAAUUUCAAACCUUGUGCCUUUCAUCUAUUGGAGACACAAAAAUUAGCCAGUUGAGUUGUGUCCCAAGAGCAAGGUUCAACAAUCAGAAAUGUAUCAGAACCCUA